CACUAUUUGGAUUUGGAGUACUCAUCUACAAAAGAAAAAUCAAAUCAGCAAAUUUACAAUGGAAAAUCUAACACUACCAUUAUGAAACUUCUAAAUAACUCAAUCAAGUAAACAAGUAAACAAAAAUUGCUAAAUGGAAUAGGAAACCUCACGGGUCACGGCAGCAACACAAACAAACCAUUACAAACUUCUUUUAUGCUUAUCUGAAAUUAUCAAAUUAAGGUCAAAGCACAUGUAAAUUUAUUAAUUUAGUAAUUUACCACAAGAAGUUCUCCUAGGUGGGUGUAUGCAUCGAGAAAUUGAAGGGGAGGGCAACAAGGGAGAGGUAGAGAGGGAGAGGCAGAAUGUCGAUGCAACAGGGGAGAGGCAGAGAGUCGAUGCAGGGGAGAGGCAGCAGGGGAGAGGGAGAGAGUCGAUGCAGGGGAGGCAGCAGCAGUGGGAGAACCGGAGAAGGUGACUGCAGGGGACAAAAGCGCCGGGAGCGGGGAGCAGAAGCGACGAUGGCGACUGGCAAUGGCGCGCUGCUUGCGGCGAUGGCGACGGUACGGAAGCGCUGGGGCGAUGGCGAGUUAGGGUUUUGUUUGGCGAGCUGGGGCGAUGGUUGACGGCGG